AUGGCGGAGAGUCGGGGAAGUUUGUUGGCGAAAUCCGUGCAAAAACACGCCGGGAGGGCGAAAGAGAAGUUGCUGCAGAAUUUGGGCAAAGUCGAUAGAACGGCGGACGAGAUCUUCGACGAGCACCUGCAGAACUUCCAACGCCAACAGAACGCCGCCAAUCGCCUGCAGAAGGAGUUCAGCAAUUACAUUAGGUGCAUAAGAGCGUGUCAGGUGGCGUCGAAGAGCCUAUUGGAGGCGGUGGGAGAGACGUACGAAAGCCAAUGGACCGGUCACGAUUUGCUCUACGUGCAAACGCAAUCGGUGGACAUGUUGUGGCAGGACUUCAGCCACAAACUGGCCGAUCAGGUCCUCUUGCCGCUCAACACCUAUCAGGCGCAGUUCCCCGAAAUGAGGAAAAAGAUCGACAAACGCGGUCGAAAGCUGGUCGACUACGACAGCCAGCGGCACAAUUUCCAGGCGUUGCAGACGAACGCGAAGAGACGGGACGAGGCGAAGCUGGCCAAGGGCAGGGAAUGCCUGGAGGAGGCGAAAAGGACCUACGAGAUGCUGAACAGCGAGCUGCACGACGAAUUGCCGGCCCUGCACGAUUCGAGGGUGUUGUUUUUGGUCACGAAUUUGCAGUCGUUGUUCAACGCCGAGCACACGUUCCACGAGGAAUCGGCUAAGGUAUUCGGGGAAUUGGAGGCGAUCGUUGAUAAAUUGGCCACGGAUAGUCAACGGGGUUCGUACAGCUUGAAAAAGACAACCAACGGUACUACUGCAGGCAGUCUUCCCAGGCCUACUACGCUUUCCAACAAAAUUAAAGAUCUGACAGUCGAAGACGCCAUCAAUUCCAACAGGACCGACGAUCCCGCCUCGCUCCCGCCCCCCGCCAAAACCCCCGAAUCCUCGGCGCCCUCGACGCCCUCCAAAACGACGCCCGACAGCCCGCCCAAAUCGCCCGCCAACGGGACGGCGGCGACGCCGCCCCGCUCCCCCUCGCCCUCCUCACCCGUCCCCCCCAACGCCGCCGCCGCCUCGCGCCCCGCCUCCGCCGCCGCCGCUGACGUCGCCGCCGCCCCCGGUACUAACAACGCUAAAAUGGUCCAGGAGCUCUACGAUAUACCGGUCGGCGCCAGUACUGACAAUCUACCGCCCGGUGUACUAUAUAGGGUGAAGGCCACCUACAAGUACAACAGGGAGGACGUGGACGAAUUGUCGUUCGAAGUAGGCGAGGUGAUUGCUGUGGUCGAAUACGAUGAUCCCGAAGAACAGGAAGAAGGCUGGCUGAUGGGCGUGAAGGACAACGGCGAAAAGGGCAUGUUUCCCGCGAAUUUCACGCGGCCUUUGUAA